UUUGAUGGAAGUUGCCUAAUUGGAAUGCAAGUCAUAUCACUGUUGAGGGCAUUAUGAAAAUGUGUGAAAAUUAUUUGAAAUUUUCCACAGUAAAUCAGCAUGCUUUAUAAAUGUUCUAAAUUUCAUGUUGAGAAAUUAGAGAGUUAAAGUAGAAGCUGAUUAACUGGAAAUAGAGCGACAAGACUAUUUAAGACGACAGAUGCUAUACUGUAGAAGGGCUCAUAAAUAAGAAGUGCAUUUUCCAGUUCUCACAGUUGUAUCUCGAGUUCCGUAAUCUCCAUUAGACCAGUCUUUAUUUUCAACAAUGAGGGAGUGUCAUUCCAGAGAGUUUUAUAAAGAAAUUACUUUUAUUAAUUUUUAUAAAAUUUAAAGUUCCCCAAGUCAUGUCCACAAUAUAUUUGAAGAUUAAAAAAAAAUGUAGAUUAUGGCUUCUGAAAAGUUAUUUUAAAAUAGCUUACUUCUCUUUUUUGUUGUACAUCUCUUAAAGACUCUAUUGGAAUGAUUCUCAAGUUCACUGUCAAUUGUCACUAUAAUUCUGUCUUGGAUAUUCUUCUACUUAUUAUAUUCUGCUAGCUCGAGCUAAUAUUUGCCCUUGGAAUUUAUCUAUCAUCAUGGGCAUUUCUAACAAAUCAGGAAAAAGAAGUAAAGUAGAUCAAGGCUUACCUCAAGAGUGGCCUAGACUUCCCUGUUGGUCUGAGAAUUCCUUUUAUGGUAUAAUAUAUGAUAAAACUUGUGAUUCAGCCUCAUUCGUUACUUGCCAGAUCUAUUAUUUUUAG